GUGGAUGGGAUCGUGGGCGGAUCGGUCUCACUUCCAGCCAUUAUCCCCGCUGGAAAAACAAUGACCAAAAUCGAGUGGGAAUUCCGGCAUGAAAGCGGCCCUCCAGUAGUGAUAGCAGAUUUUACGAAUGGGAACUUGGAGCGGCCCAAUCCUAGCGACCGAUUUCUUCAGCGGCUGGAGAAGGCGAGUGAGACCACCCUGCGGAUCAAGGGCCUGGAGAAGGAGGACAGCGGAAACUACACAGCUCACGUGAGAUUUGAAAACGCAGAAGUACAACCACAGGCUUUUCUCUUGAAGGUCACAGAGCCUGUCCCAGAUCCAGAGAUACGCCCCCACCUGGUCUCCAGGACAGCAGAGGUGUGCAAUGUGACCCUACAGUGCCUGGGGUCUGAAAAGGGGGGAAUUGACGUCUCCUGGAAAAGGGGGAACUCUUCUGAUCAGCCGGGUGUCCCAGAAGAAGGUUCGGACACGGAUCUCCACGUCUCCUGGCAGCCUGACUCCCUGGACUCCACCUUCACCUGCCUGCUCAGCAACCCCGCUGACCAGAAGAGCUCCUCUUUUGACUUGGCCAGCAUCUGCCGGAGUGAAGAUGGCGGUCAUCUCGUGUACGUGUGGAUCCCUGGUCUUGUGCUGCUUCUUAUCCUGGUUGCAGGUGUGGGCAUUUGGCAAUGGAAGAAAAAGUCACGCCCAAGAGAAUCCAUGGAGCACCAGCUGUGACCGAAGAAAUCAGUCCCGCUGCCAGGCCUUCUUAAGGAGCAGCAGUGGCGCAGGAGGUGAAAGUGACAGCAAUGGAUGUUCGACAUUUCUUCUCAUAGCGUCAAUCCACAUUUCCUGUCUUCUUUGCUGGUUCGGCUUCUGAAGGACCCAGCGAAGUGUUUAUUCAAGGAAGUCAGGAAACGUUACACCAGGAACUGACGUUCAUAAGAACAUAAGAAUAAGCCAGCUGGAUCAGACCAGAGUCCAUCUAGUCCAGCUCUCUGCUCCUCGCAGUGGCCCACCAGGUGCCUUUGGGAGCUC